UCGUGUUUUGUUUACGUUAGCAUGUAAAUUCUAAAUUCUAAUUCUCAUAGCAAGCUGAGCAAGACUUCUCUGUAUGAAGUUAUUUUCUUUCAUUUUACUGCAUUACUGUCGUAAAGUGUAAGUGAAAGUGCUGUCAGAUUUUCCACAUCGCCAUCGGCCGGAACGAAGCAGCUUCGAAUAAAGACAAAUCUCACCUCUCAUACCAUUCCCGUUGUGAAUAUUUCUAACGAGAAUGUGAUAGUCUCCCUGGAUGUGUCCAUACCAGCAGUUGUACCGCCAUCCUCACCCAUUUUUUAAAUUCUUCUUGCUGAUUUGCUAGCAAUGCUCACCUGUAUAGCCGUUUGAAAAAGCUUGCCAGUUUCCUAGUUCCACAGCAAUAAUUCAUUAAUAAUCAGUGCGGAAAAUCUCCAGUGGUUGUCUUCAUGGGUUGCACAGGGCAAGUCAAGUUUAACGUUUAUUUUUUAAGGCUGUCAUUUAAUGCCUCCCUGAAAUUUUUCUGAAUUUAUCCUUGAUUUAAGGUAUAAAAGGAACUCAUUAAUGUAGUGAAAAAUGUAAUCAAGAAAUAAGGUUUCAAGUAGAAGGGUUGAGUUGAAGCAUCACCUUUGUAAAACUUCUGUAAAAAUGGCUCCAAGAAAAAUAGUGCCGACACUGGAGGAUCUUUCUAUUUUAACACUUCAAAAAUUAGUUAAUGAUGUUAGUGAUUUCAUGAUAAAAAAUGAUAGAACUCUGGAUGAAACGUCUGAUCUGACAGAACAUUUCAGAGUAGUUUUGUACGACAGAACACCAUGGCUGCUGCAUAACAGGAUUGCGGAGUUAAUGCUCAUGGCCUUAAGUAAUUUGUAUCAUGUCUACGCAACGAAGAAUUCUGAGAUUUCCUCAAAGUGUGAAACUAUCUUGAAACUUGUUUUGUCUGCCAUUCCAUAUCCGAAGUUGAAAAAAAUGAGUUUUAAUCUUUGGGCAAGACCUAUUCAAUUGUUAUUGUUGGAAUUUUUAGGUGAGAUGUCCAAUUUAGAAAUUUUAAACUGUGAUUUCAAACCUGCUUCGAAGCGUGAAGCCUCCAUGGUAGAGAGGGCACUCCUUGUUAGCUGUCACUCAUUUUCUAACCUAGUUUCUUUCACCUUUUAUGCUCGUUGCACUGAUGAAAUUUUAGCUGCCAUUUGUGAAAACUGUAAAUCAGUUCGUAGAAUAGAUGUCAGCCAUUCCCGAUCAGUCACAGAUGCUUCGGUAAAAUCCCUAGUCCUUUGUCAAGAAUUGCAGAAGGUGGAGCUUUUUGAAACCUUAGUAACGCGCCAUGGUUACUACAAGCUCCUCACUGAGUCAAAGUCACCCAAUUUAGUUGAUAUUGGCGAAUGCAGUGCCUUACCAGAUGUUUUAAAACUAAUGGAAUCUAGUUCAGUAGAGUUUUGCCCUUACCAACUACCUUGUCUUCACAGUGUGUGUAGGUGUAAUCGAGAACUAAGUCUGGUUUGUAAAUAUUUCCCAAAUCUAACAGAGUUUAGUCUAUGGUUUGCAUCGGAUGAGCCCAAUUUAAUGUGCCUGUCUAAAUUAGAGAAUCUUAAAUGUCUUAAAUUGCGAUCUGAUGUUCAUAUAACAGAGCCAUUGUGUAGUUUUCUGUCUGUCAAAGGCUGGUCUAUAACUUCUUUGUGUCUUGUGGGUGUUCAUGAAUUGCGUGACACCAGCAUUGUAAACAUUGCAGUAUCAUGCCCCAAUAUUGAGAACCUUCAAUUUUCUCCAGGCUGGCAGUAUAGAGCAACUGAAUCUCCAGCAAUUCAGCUAUCCCCCAAACCAUUUCAAAAAUUGAGGAAACUUGUGUGGGAGUCAUACUUUCCCUCAUCUUUUGUAGAAUUUAUUUUAAAUUAUGCACACAAUUUGGAAACACUGAGAGUAAGGCCGUCUAUGUUUGUCACCGACCAAUUCCUACAGUCUGUAUUCAACUGUAAUCCUAUGAAGCGACUGAAAGAAUUAAAUUUAGAUCAUUCCAAUAAAUUAUCCGCAAAAAUGGUGAGAUUUAUGAUCAUUAACUUUGAGCAUAUUUCCUAUCUUGCUCAUUUUUCUAUUUCUCUCAUCAAAAGUGAGUUUGAAAGCAUCGAAAAUUUUAUUGUAACCAAUAAUUACAAUGUAGUUUUAGGAUGAACCUGUUGCCUUAUGUUUUUUUUCCCCAAAAUUUGAUUACCCAAGUCUUUUUAAGUUUUUUCAGAGUACAAUCUGAUUAGUUUUUUAGUUUUUAAUGAUAGCAGUUUCUUUUUUUAUUUCUUUAGUUUUUUUGGCUAUUUCUGAUCAAUUUGUGGUAAUCUGAAGGAAACUACCUGUUUUAAGUUUAUCUCCUAUGGAAGGGCAUGUUAUGAAUGUUUUUUGUCCGAUGAGGUUAUUACAGAUGUCGCCUAAUCAGUGCUUGGAGGUAUAACAAAUCUAAGAAAACAAAGCAAAGUAUUUUUAUGUUACUCAAAUGAAAAAAGCAAGCUAAGGUACAAAAUUCACUGUAUAGGUUGCUUUUUGAUCUAACUAACGACCAGCGCAUUUACUUCUAAUAUCUGAUAAAUAUUUACACCACAUACAAAAGGUGUUCAUUAAGUUUUGCAUCUCCCUUGCCUUUUCCAGCAAAAACGUCCGAUUACUAAAAACUAAAGAUACUUAGGAAGUCAAGGAUGUAUCUGACAAGCCUGCAUAACCUCAACUUCAUUUAAGGCGUUUGAAGGACAAGGCGCAUAAGUGCAGUUUUUGACAAAUUGAGUUAUCAAUGAUUUCAAGUAAAACUAGUCUCGAUGCAUAUUCUGUGAAAAAUUUUCUCCCAAAUUCUACUUUUUAAGCACUAAAAAGUCAGUUUGAUUUUUCUUUUUGCCAUAAGGCUCCAUGCAAUUUCGAAACUUCAAACUCGUAAGUCGUAUUUCUCGAAAAAGCAAAAACUGCACUUAUGCGCCUUGUUCUCCGAGCUCCUCAUUUAUGCUUUGCCCCUGAAAGUGGAGUGUUGCGUGAUGUCUCUAUUUUGUGCUUUGAAUGGCAACAAAAUAUUUCCUUUUUUUCAGCAGGCGACCUAAAGCGCAAAAAAGAGGUAAAUACUCCACAACCAGGCACAAACUCUUAAAUCAUAUUACAAUUGUGCAGACUUUUCAAGUAUGUCCUAAGUUUCUCUAAUUUUCUUAAGUUUUCUGUGGAAAUGGCAAAGAGGACAUGAAGACUAAUGGAAUGUCCUUCGUUGCUCACUCACUCUUGAGUUCUUUUCUGAUCAAGGUGCUUUCAAUUAAGUGAAAUUAGAAGCAAAUCGUAAAAUUCUAAAAGGAGUCUUGGAAAACUCACAACUCAAAAAUUUGACACAUUUGGCCGUUUUCGUCUUAAAGCAUUUAUAUCUGCAUUUACAGUCUAUAUCGACGGUGUAAGUUGGCAAUCUCAUAACUCGGUUUGCAACGUCGCAGACUUCCUGUCAUACUCUAAUUUUUAAACGAAAACUACUCAUCGGCAAUUCUUUAAAACUGCCGUGAUUUUUCUUCUCUGUGCGAAGAAAAUUCCGCAUGAACUUCAAUGAAUGAUUUCAAUUUGUUCACUUUUAAUAAAAUAACAGGCAGAGAUUAUCAGACACCGCAAACAAGGUAUGUGAUUGCGGACUUACGCCGUCAAUAUGUGAUGUAUGACUUAUCUGAAUUAAUUUUGUAGCAGCCUUCUCAUCUAGAUCGUUAAUGAAUGUUCUAAAUCUGUAUUGAAAAAUUACAUUGUUGUAGUCUACUUUUUAUGAAUAAAACUAUGAAUUAUUUCCUAAAA